GAGUGAUUCAUCGUCGUUGUGGGGUCCAGAGGAGGAGGCUUUUACCCUGAAAACACCGGGAACCCCUCACGUAAAGCCGUCUCUUUCUGCCACAGCUGAUCCUAGAAGACCGACCAUGGAUGAGCUCCUGCGAAAGCUACAAAAGGAAGCCUCCGGACACAAAUACAAAGCGAUUCGUGACGCUUGUGUCUACGCUUGCGAAACCCUCGAGUCUCAGAAUGGAUCGGCAAAGAUUUCUACCUCUCAACUUCGAGAGCGUUGUCUGCUGCCACUACAGAUGGCUCUGGAGUCGAAGAACACCAAACUGGGACAGACGGCACUCGCUGGCAUGCAGAAACUCCUGUGCGAUGACAGAUUUGUGGGGGAGGCAGGGUUGGAGGUCGUGGAGAAACAGCUCCUCAGCCAGAUGCUUGAGGCCAUCCGAGUCACGCCAUCUCUCAAUGAAGACCUCCAGGUUGAAGUUAUGAAGGUCCUGUUGUGUAUCACCUACUCCCCGACCUUUGACAUCACCGGGGACUCUAUCCUCCAGAUCGCUGAGGUGUGUAUUGAGACCUAUGUGUCCAGUUGCCAUCAGAGAAGCAUCAACACUGCAGUGAGAGCCACACUGAGCCAGAUACUGGGAGACCUGGCCCUACAGCUCCGCCACAGACAGGAGGGUGUAGAUGUAGACGAGGUGACUGCGCCACCCUUGCAGAGAAGAGAUGUGUCUCCUACCAGCCAGGCUCUGUGUGAGGAUGUGGUGUCUGUGCUCACAGUGUUUUGUGGGAAGUUGGAGUCAGUCAACAGCAAUAACCAGUUGCUGCAGCUCCUCUACCUGGAGUGCAUCCUGUCCAUGCUCAGCAGUUGUCCGCCCACAAUGCACCUGUCCAGAGGCUUCACAGACCUUGUAUGGAAGCAGCUUUGUCCGUCCCUAGUGGUGAUCAUGGGAAACCCCGCUAAUGACAAAACGAUCACCUCCCAUCACGGCCACACUGGUGCACCAGAGAAAGACCGACUGGGAGAAAGACUUGGUCAAGGUCUCAGCCAAGAGAUGGACCCUUCUGUCGGAGGAGUGUCCGAUCAGGGUCGGGGUUCUGGUUGCUCCUCCUGUGCUCCGGCCAGGAUCGCACCGGUAGUGCGGACAGUGUGCUACAUUGCAACAGAACUGGUGCGCCUGGUGGGCUGCAUGGAGUCGAUGAAACCAGUGCUGCAAUCGCUCUACCACCGAAUCCUCCUUUACCCACCUCCCCAGCACCGCAUCGAGGCCAUCCGCAUCAUGAAAGAGAUCCUGGGCAAUCCCCAGCGGCUGUAUGACCUGUCCGGUCCAUGUGUGACAGAACAUGAAACUAGGAAACGCUCCUUUUCCAAGAGGAAGUCUCAGCUGGACCUGCUCAGACUGGUGAUGGAUGGUAUGACAGAAGCAUGUGUGAAGGGAGGGAUUGAGGCUUGUUUCUCCUCCGUGUCGUGUGCUUGUGCUCUCCUCGGAGCAUUGGAUGAACUCUCCCAGGGACGGGGGCUCCAACCUGAGCAGGCUUGCUUGCUUCUAAGGCGACUGGAAGAUCUAAAAGAGGGGGCAGAGUCGACCCGCGAGUCGAUGGAGAUCAACGAGGCUGACUUCCGGUGGCAGAGACACGUCCUAUCAUCUGAGCACGCUCCAUGGGACCCCAGCUCUGCAUCUUCCUCCUCUAAUAUGGCUGCUGCCACCGAGCGCAGCCCCGACAUCAGCAUCAGCAUCACCACAGAAACAGGCCAGACAACGCUGGAGCUGGAGGUGGAGGAGCUUGGCCCGAGUGUGGGCCACACCACCCCCGAGGAGUGUGCGGAGGAACGUCUCCCCUCCCCUUCUUCUCGCGGGGUCCCUGUAGGGAGUGAGGCUAAAGUGGGAGACCCCCAAGGGUUGGAGGGAGGCACAGUGAAGCCUGUGGGAGGUGGAGAUUUGGAGAGAGCAGGAGGGGUAGUGGGAGAGAGAGGAAGUGUGGUUCCUCCUGAUGUGGUCCAGAGAAGUCACGCCCUCGUCUACCCUGAUAUCACCAACUUCCUGUCUGUGGAGUCCAGGAGCAGAUCACACCAUGGAGCAGGAUCACGCUACAGUGAGAGCAACUUUAGCGUGGAGGAACAGGACUUAUCACGGACAGAGUUUGACUCAUGUGACCAGUACUCCAUGGCUGCAGAGAAAGACUCGGGGCGUUCUGAUGUGUCCGACAUUGGGUCAGACAAUGGCUCCUUGGCCGAUGAGGAGCAGCAGACGCCCAGAGACUGCCCUGGUCACCGCACGCUUCGCACCGCGGCCCUGUCACUCAAACUCCUACGCAACCAAGAAGCAGACCAGCAGAGUGCCAAGCUGUUUGUCCAAUCACUGGUGGCGCUGCUCCCCCGGCUGUUGGGAAUGCCCAGUGCCACAGAGGUGGAUGUGUCACUGCAAAAUUUCUCCUCCACCUUCUGCUCCGGACUGCAGGCUGGAGGCAUCUGUUCCCCGGGUUUGGAGGCCAGUGAGAGUCUGAGUUGUCAGGCUCUGAUGAAUGCAGAUGGUCUGUACUUGGUCUCCUACUACGCCCUGCUCCUCAACCUUAAACUCUGCUGUUGUGACUACUACCGCCGCCGCACACUGGCCCCCAUUCUCAGCCUGAAGGAGUUUGUGCGGCUGAUCCAGAGCAGUGGGGUUCUGGUGGUUUUGUCCCAGGCCUGGAUUGAGGAGUUGUAUCAUCAGGUUCUGGAUAGGAACUUGCUGGGAGAGGCCGGCUACUGGGGCUCGCCGCAGGACAACUCCUUGCCACUUAUUACCAUGUUACUAGACAUCGAUGGCCUGGGGAGCAGUGCUAUUGGAGGCCAAAUGAUCAGGAAGGCUUCUGGCCGCCCAGCGUUAAGCUGCGAUAAGCCCAGCAGUGACACUGUCAUGGCAGGAGCCAUGUUCUCCCGCUUUAUCCUGACCGGGGUGUGGAAGAACCUGAUUGAUAUACUGUCGACCCCACUUACGGGCCGCAUGGCUGGAAGCUCUAAGGGCCUGGCCUUCAUCUUGGGGGCGGAGGGCAUCAAAGAGCAGAGCCAGAGGGAGAGAGACACUAUCUGUCUGAGCUUGGAUGGCCUACGCAAGGCUGCUGCCCUCAGCUGUGGCCUAGGCGUGGCUGCUAACUGUGCAUCAGCUCUGGCCCAGAUGGCUGCAGCCUCAUGUGUCCAAGAGGAGAAGGAGGAGAGGGAGGUGGGUGAGACAGGAGACGCCAUUACACAAGUCAAGCAGUUGAUCAGUCGUCCCCAAGCAGUGCGCCUCCACACAGCUCAUGUCCUCUGUAUGGAUGCUAUCCUCAAUGUCGGGUUGGAGAUGGCAAGUCACAACUAUGACUGCUGGCCACACAUUUUUAGGGUGAGCGAGUAUGUUAGCUCUCUGGAGCACACCCACUUCAGCGACAGCUCCUCCCAGCCCCCCAACGUAACCACCAUCACCCAGCAAAGCCAGCAGGCCCCGCCCAUAGACCUGGGCCAUGAGAUGAGCUGUGAGCCCAGCCCUGAUGCGUUGGAGCUGGGCCUGAGCCACCCGGUCAUCCAGCCCCUGUCCAUCCAGGAGCUGCUGAUGGAGAGCAGCAGGGGAGGGAGGGGGUUAGAGCUGAAGAGCAGCAGUAUGAUGUCGGGCACAAGCGCAGCAAAGGCUGUAUGCACGCUGUCCACGCAGGCUGACAGAUUGUUUGAGGAGGCAUCCUCCAAGCUGAACCUGGUAGGGUUGGUUGGUUUCCUGCAGCAACUGAGGAAGGCGUCUCAAUCUCAGCUGUUUGACUCUGUCACAGAAACUGGAGACUACUCUCUGGCUAUGCCAGGUGAGGCUAAAUCGACCUUGGAGAAACGUAGCGCGCUCCACCUGUUCCGCCUCGGGGAGGCCAUGCUGCGGAUCGUCAGGAACCGGAGCCGACCUCUGCUCCAUAUGAUGAGGGCCUGGAGCAUUGUGGCUCCACACCUGGUGGAGGCGGCAUGCCACAAAGAACGUCACGUAUCCCAGAAGGCCGUUUCCUUCAUCCAUGAUGUCCUGACGGAGGUGCUGACAAGUUGGGCGGAGCUUCCUCACUUCCAUUUUAAUGAGGCGCUGUUCCGGCCCUUUGAGCACAUCAUGCAGCUGGAGCUGUGCGACGAGGACGUACAGGACCAGGUUAUAACAUCCAUAGGGGAGUUGGUAGAGAUGUGCUCUCCUCAGAUCUUGUCAGGUUGGAGGCCUCUGUUCAGCGCUCUGAGGACCGUCCACGGCAGCAAGACUGAUACCAAAGACUACCUAGUAGGAGAAUACUCCAUGGGGAAGUCCCAGGCACCGGUGUUUGACGUCUUUGAGGCCUUUAUCAACACGGACAACAUCCAGGUGUUUGCCAAUGCCGCCACAGACUACAUCAUGUGCCUCAUGAAGUUUGUGAAAGGUUUAGGAGAGGUGGACUAUAAGGAGAUAGGAGACUGUGUCCAUGUUUCUGCAUACAGCUCCACUGACCUCUGCCUGCCUGCCCUCGACUACCUCCGCAAGUGCUCACAGCUGCUGGCUAAGAUCUACAAGAUGCCUUCCAAGCCGGUGUUCCUGGGGGCGCGACUAGCCAGCCUGCCAAUGAGAUCGCAGGAACGCUCUGUCAGUAGCGAGGACGGGAUGGAGUGUGUACUGCAGGAGUUUGAUGAUGACACGGGUCUGAUCCAGGUAUGGAUUCUGUUAUUGGAGCAGCUGACAGCAGCAGUGUCUAACUGUCCUCGCCAACACCAACCUCCAACACUGGAGCUGCUCUUCACUCUGCUGAGAGAGGUCACUGCGAUUCCAGGUCCAGGGUUUGCCAUCUUCUCAGUCAUCCAGCUACUACUUCCAGUGAUGUCACUGUGGCUGCAGCGUAGCAAUGGUGACCACUCCUAUUGGGAUGUGGCAGCAGCCAACUUCAAACAUGCCAUCGGCUUGUGCUGUGAGCUGGUGGUGGAACAUAUCAACAGCUUCAUACACUCAGACAUAGGCUACGAGUCCCUGAUUAACCAGAUGUUGAAGGAUCUGUUUAAGUUGCUGGUGGCUUGUGUGUCUGAGCCUGCAGAGACCAUCUCCAGAGUGGGCUGUUCCUGUAUCAGGUAUGUGUUGGUGACAGUGGGUCCAGUCUUCACAGAGGAGAUGUGGAGGUUGGCUUGUUGUGCUCUGCAGGAUGCCUUUUCUGCUACUCUAGAGCCUGUCAAGAACCUGCUGGCAUGUUUUCAGAGUGGUUCAGACAGUUUUUCUGGGGAUGCCUGUGAGGUGAAGGUUGCAGCCCCCUCUCUUUCUCCAUCAGCUGAGGCUGAGUACUGGAGAAUCAAGGCUAUGGCCCAGCAGGUAUUUAUGCUCGACACUCAAUGCUCUCCCAAGACCCCCAACAAUAAAGAUGGUUUUGAGCAUGCUCAGUCCUGUGUUCUCAUCAUCGAACUGCCCUCGGACCAGAAGUCCAACGGACAUACACAAAAGAGGAUCCCGUUUCGGACCAUCGUGGUGAGUCUGCUGUCCCAUCAGGUUUUGCUCCAAAACCUCUACGACAUCCUGUUGGAGGAGUUUGUCAAGCAGCCUGAGAGUCACGACAGGGUCACGCCCGUGACCUCUGACCCUGGCAGGCCCGCGGCAGGCUUCCUGCGCUACAUCUCCAUGGCUAACUUAGCCAUCAUACUGGACCUGCUGCUGGAGUCCUACAGGACGGCGCGUGACUUUGACACACGGCCGGGCCUGAAGUACCUGCUGAUGAAGGUGUCGGGCGUCUGUGGUGCUGCUAACCUUUACCGGCAGUCCGCCAUGAGCUUCAACCUCUACUUUCAAGCCCUCCUGUGUGCCACGCUCAGCCAGGCUGACGGCAUGACCGCUCAGCAGGUGAAAAAGAUUUUAUAUGAGGAAGAUGAGGGCAGUUCUGACUCCUCACAGCCUGGCUCUGCUUCCUCUGAGGAUGAGGAUAUAUUUGAAGAGACGGCCCAGGUGAGCCCUCCACGGGGCAGGGACAAACGUCAGCCGUGGCGAGCGCCAAUUCCCUCCCUGAGCGUCCAGCCGCUGGGCAGCGCCGACUGGGCCUGGCUGGUCAAACGCCUCCACAAGCUGUGCAUGGACCUCUGCAGCAGUUACAUCCAGAUGCAUCUGGACUUGGAGAGCACACUGGAGGAGACGCCGCUGCUCAGAGGAGGCACGGUCAGAGGCGAUCACGUCUUCUUCCUCCCGCUGUUCCCCUCUGAAACAUCCACCCCGACCUCGGCGGGGGGGCUGUCGGGCAAAGGGACGCCCUCGGAGGAAGGCAGCGUCAGGUGUCAGGGAGCAGAGACAACCACGGCGUCCCCGGGAGACACGCCCACACCCAGCCCUGGAUUCAGUUGCACAGGCAGUGUGCCUCACCAUACCCAAACUGGAGGCGAGAGGAGAGAGUCUGGUGGAGGAGGCUCUGGGAGUCCUGCUGGGGUCGGAGGGUGCGCGUUUCCGGGGAGGAGAAAGGAAUGGUGGGAAAGUGCCGGGAGCAAAUUGUACACCAUGGCAGCAGACAAAACCAUCAGCAAACUGAUGAUGGAGUACAAGAGGAGGAAACACCAGCAACAGCAGCCACAGCAAAGUCAUGUCAACCUCUUCAUGAAGGAGCAGGGAAGGAUGGGAGGAAGCAGUGGAGGAGAAAGAAGAGGCUCUGCAGAGCCCCAGAAACCCCCCCAGAGACCCCAGCAGCUGGUGGACCAGCAGGGCCCAGCUCUGAGGCACUCUGUUAGCGCGGGCCCAGAGGUUCUGAGGCAGGAGAAGAGGCCGAGAUCAGGGUCCACCAUCAGCUCUCACAGCAUCUCCCUGAGAGACUCUGAGGCUCAGAUACAGGCGUGGACCAACAUGGUCCUGAAUCUGCUCAAUCAGGUCCUCCUCCUCUCCGACUCCUGCUUCCUGGCGCUCCAGCCGGCGCUCUACCCCAGUCUCAGCCAGCUGUCCUGUCACGUGACUGACGCCCGCGUCCGGCAGGCACUCCGGGAGUGGUUGGGCCGCGUCGGCAGGCUCUACGACAUCAUCAUGUGACACCACUGCAACGGGCUGAUGAAGGUCCUCAUUGGUCAUCGAGGAAUGGAAACAAACGCUGUUUGAGUAGACUUUGUGACAUCACAAAGGGACAGUAGUGUGACCCAUUUAUCCAAAUGGCAGAGAGGGAUGGGAGUGGCUAAAGAGGAAUUUAAUUGCCAGACUUUUGUGACAUUUUGAAAUGAUGCAGCAGAUUUAUUGGUUCAUUUAGUCAUUCGUUCACUCUCUGUAAGUGCUUAAUCCAAAGUCACAGGGGGCUGGAGCCUGUCCCGGCAGCCAUUGGGAGGAAUGUAGGAAGAUUGAUUGUUAAAGAAGGAAAUUUGCUUAUUAAAGUAGAACCGAUAGGCAGACAAGGACGCCAUCAUGUGAGUUCAAGAUGGUUAAAAAUUGUUGUGUUUCGAGUAAAAUUAAGUGUAUGCAGAGAAGGAUAAGAUUGGUUGUGGAUGUGCCAUGUCUGCAUGUUAUUCCUGGAUGGUAUUUAUCUAUACAAAUAUACAUACGUGCAUACAAACAUACAUCCAAAAAAGAGGCCAUGUUUGUACACCUACUAAUACCAAUGGGCACAGACACUUAAUAGAUCCACAUCUAAACGGCCUGUGUGCUAUGACCAGAUGAAUGCCAAAUGAAUUUAAUAUGUCACCAUGGAGGAAGAUAGACUUUUCUUGAUCUGCUUUCAUGUUAUAACAAGCUUUACUCUUUUUGUACAUUUAGUAUCGUACAUGAAUAGACUUACCAGUGUAACUGGGGUGUCCGUAUAAAAAGCUAGCUUGGAUGUGGGCUUGUCAUAGCAAAUCCCAUCACUGUAUAUAACUUCAGUAGCGGGAUAGAAGUAGAGGGUUUUGGACCUGUCACAGGUAGAGAUGUUUGAGAUGCUGGAGCAACUAUGAAGGAGGGAUUUUCCCUCACAGGCAAGACUACAUGUGCCGCUGCACCGCUUCAUGGCCAUGUUGCUUGUUUACUUCCAAAUCAGAGUUUCGGCGAUGAUUUGUGAUUUGUUGGUUGUCAUAGUCAGUCCGUGCUCCACACAACAUGAAACAUGGGCUGGAAAUUUGUUCUCCAGUAUUUCCUAGCAAAAACCCACCUCUACCUAAUGAAAGCCGGUGUUCAUGUAAUGCAUCACACCAACCUGCUUCAGGUCUGGCCAACUUUAUGCCACACAUCCAGGAGCUAUAGUAUGUGCAGGUUGGCUGAGGCCCAUCAGAAUAACGGUACUCUUUUAGGCCAAGCGUUUAGCAUGUUAACCAUGAAAUGUGUGUAGAGGCUGAACGGGCUGAAAACACGUGCGCCCAUCGAAAACAUUUCCUGCACAAAAGAGCAGAAAAUUACAUCUUUCCCCUGUGACUGACAUGUAUUGAGCUAUAAAUGUGAAUGUGAUUUCUUUAAGUUGUGGCAUUUUCUCUCCUAGGCAAGAAGGCGAGAUCCUUAUGCUGUGGCUCUGGCUCGCACACCUCCUUGUUGGUCACUUGUAAUUUUGUGAUCUAGAAAAUGACGCUUUUUUUUCCCCGUAUGCCAAAAAUUUACAUGCAUAUCAUAACUAAAAUGUAUUGGCCCUUUAUUUCUGUAGCUUGAAGCCAGCUUUGGCCACAGACUAGGCAUUAUCUUUGAAAAGGGAAGUAUAAUGGAAAGCUGUUUUAAGACUUUGGGUCAGUGCUGGAUUUCAGUUUGAUUAUACUUUGUAGUUUGUCUCCACUAUGCUUUUAUUUCUAUUCAGCUGCAAAAACUAUUCACCCUUAUUAACUCGGUCACUUUUUAGUUAAAUGUCUCUCACGCUUCGUCUUUCUGUUAGUCCAAGCUGAAAUGGAAGCUGUGGGUAUUGUACCAAAAUGAAAUAAUGUCUUUUUGUUUUGUUUUUGUUUUUUUGCUUAAAUACCAUGUAUGUAAUUUCUUGUGAACCUGUUAUGAAGUUUAAAUGUUAUUUAUGCUGUUUCUGUACUGUUGGUGUAUAUUUAUUUAUGUAAUUGCUUUACCAUUCAAUAUAUUUAAUGUGUAUCUUACUGGGCUUUUAUCAUUUGAAUUGUAUUUUCUGCUUAAUGAGCUGCAGAGGAAUGUGUAUUUAUACUAUCUGAUACUGUGCAACCUUAAGUGAAUGCAUUGCUUUUCCGUUGCCAUCUUAAAGGGAAGCCUUGACAUUUUACAUAUUUAUCGUUUAUUUUCUCAUCACCAGACGGUGAACAUCUUCCAGGGUAAGAGCUUUUUUUUCUUUUUUUUUAAAAAUGCUGUCAGGGGAAGGGUUUCAUUCCCACUCCCCUGCCCUGCCCAAUGCCAAAUAUACAUGC